AUGAACCAGAGACUUCAACACACUCAGGAACUACACAGGAAUCGGAGACUUCAACCCAUUCGGGAACAACAUAGGAAUCUGAGACUUCAACAUCCUCGGGAACAACACAGGACACGGAGACUUCAACACACUCCGGAACUACACAGGAAUCGGAGACUUCAGCCAAUGCGGGAACAUUAUAGUAAUCAGAGACUUCAACAUUCUCGGGAACAGCACAGGAAUCGGAAACUUCAACAUCCUCGGGUACAACACAGGAAUCGGAGACUUCAACACACUCAAGAACUACACAGGAAUCAGAAACUUCAGUCCCUUCGGGAACAACAUAGUAAUCAGAGACUUCAACAUUCUCGGGAACAACACAGGAAUCGGAAACUUCAACAUCCUCGGGAAAACAAGACUUCAACAUCCUCGGGAACAACACAGGAAUCGGAGACUCCAACAUCUUCGGGAACAACACAGGAAUCAGAGACUUUUAUAUCCUCGGGAACUACACACGAAUCGGAGACUUCAACAUCCUCGGGAACAACACAGGAAUCUGAGACUUCAACAUCCUCUGGAACAACACAGGAAUCGGAGACUUCAACACCUUCGGGAACUACAAAGGAAUCUGAGACUUCAACAUCCUCGGGAACAACACAGGAAUCAAAGAUUUCAACAUCCUCGGGAACAACACAGGAAUCGGAGACUUCAACCCCUUCGGGAACAACACAGGAAUCGGAGACAUCAACACCCUCCGGAACAACACAGAAAUCGGAGACUUCAACAUCCUCGGGAACAACACAGGAAUCGGAGACUUCAACAUCCUCCGGAACAACACAGGAAUCAGAGACUUCAACAUUCUCGGGAACAACACAGGAAUCGAAAAUUUCAACAUCCUCGGGUACAACACAGGAAUCGGAGACUUCAACACCGGGAACAACACAGGAAUCGGAGACAUCAACCCCUUCGGGAACAACACAGGAAUCUGAGAUUUCAACAUCCUCGGGAACAACACAGGAAUCGGAAUCAAAGACAUCAACAUCCUCGGGAACAACACAGGAAUCGGAGACUUCAACACCCUCGGAGACAACACAGGAAUCGGAGACUUCAACACCCUCGGGAACAACACAGGAAUCGGAGACUUCAACACCCUCGGAGACAACACAGGAAUCUGAGACUUCAAUAUCCAAGGGAACAACACAGAAAUCGGAGUCUUCAACACUCUCGGAAUCAAAGACAUCAACAUCCUCGGGAACAACACAGGAAUCGGAGACUUCAACCCCUUCGGGAACAACACAGGAAACGGAGACUUCAACACCCUCGGGAACAACACAGGAACCGGAGACUUCAACACCCUCGGAGACAACACAGGAAUCUGAGACUUCAAUAUCCACGGGAACAACACAGAAAUCGGAAUCUUCAACACCCUCGGUAACUACACAGGAAUCCAAGACUUCAACAUCCUCGGGAAUUAAAGACAUAAACAACCCCGGGAACAACACAGGAAUCGGAGACUUCAACAUCCUCGGGAACAACACAGGAAUCAAAGACUUAAACAUCGUCGGGAACAACACAGGAAUCGGAGACUUCAACAUCAUCGGGUACAACACAGGAAACGGAGACUUCAACAUCCUCGGAAUCGGAGACUUCAACAUCCUCGGGAACAACACAGGAAUCGAAGACUUCAACACACUCAGGAACUACACAGGAAUCAAAGACUUCAACAUCUUCGGAAACUACACAGGAAUCAAAGACUUCAACUUCCUCGGGAACAACACAGUAUCGGAGACUUCAACACCUUCGGGAACAACACAGGAAUCUGAGACUUCAACAUCCUCGGGAACAACACAGGAAUCGGAGACUUCAACACCCUCGGAAUCGGAGACUUCGACAUCCUCGGGAACAACAAAGGAAUCGGAGACUUCAACAUCAUCGGGAACAACACAGGAAUCGGAGACUUCGAUAUCCUCGGGAACAACACAGGAAUCGGAGACUUCAAUAUCAUCGGGAACAACACAGGAAUCGGAGACUUCGACAUCCUCGGGAACAACACAGGAAUCGGAGACUUCAACAUCACCGGGACCAACACAGGAAUCGGAGACUUCGACAUCCUCGGAAACAACACAGGAAUCGGAGACUUCAACAUCCUCGGGAACAACAAAGGAAUCGGAGACUUCAACAUCAUCGGGAACAAAACAGGAAUCGGAGACUUCGAUAUCCUCGGGAACAACACAGGAAUCGGAGACUUCAACAUCAUCGGGAACAACACAGGAAUCGGAGACUUCGACAUCCUCGGGAACAACACAGGAAUCGGAGACUUCAACAUCAUCGGGAACAACACAGGAAUCGGAGACUUCGACAUCCUCGGAAACAACACAGGAAUCGGAGACUUCAACAUCCUCGGGAAUAACACAGGAAUCGGAGACUUCAACAUCAUCGGGAACAACACAGGAAUCGGAGACUUCAACAUCCUCUGGGACAACACAGGAAUCGGAGACUUUAAAAUCCUCGGGAACAACAAAGGAAUCAGAGACUUCAACAUCCUCGGGAACAAUACAGGAAUCGGAGACUUCAACACCCUCGGUUACUACACAGGAAUCCAAGACUUCAAUAUCCUCAGGAACUACACAGGAAUCGGAUACUUCGACAUCCUCGGGAACAACACAGGAAUCGGAGUCUUCAACAUCAUCGGGAACAACACAGGAAUCGGAGUCUUCAACAUCCUCGGGAACAACACAGGAAUCGGAGACUUCGACAUCCUCGGGAACAACACAGGAAUCGGAGACUUCAACAUCCGCGGGAACAACACAGGAAUCAAAGACUUUAACAUCCUCGGGAACAACACAGGAAUCGGAGACUUCGACAUCCUCGGAAACAACACAGGAAUCGGAGACUUCAACAUUCUCGGGAACAACACAGGAAUCGGAGUCUUCAACAUCCUCGGGAACAACACAGGAAUCUGAGACAACAUCCUCGGGAACAACGCAGGACUAA